CCGUUAUUAAAGUUCCCUCCUCGAUUUCCGUGGAAAAUCACACUUUUAACCAUGGAACCUAGUAGCGUAAUCGACGAUGCUGAGUUUUGGCUUCCGCCGGAGUUUCUCACUGACGAUGUUUUUCUCGUUGAGAAGGAGAAUAACGGUGUUGGAAUCGAUGACUCUUUGUUCCCGUACAAGCCUCGUCAUGGAUUUGGCGGUUUUGCCUCCACAGUUAAGCCUACCACGGUGAAGGAAGACGACGAAGAGAGUUUCUUAGCCGGAUUGACUCAGCAGAUGGUUAAGUCUUCUCUAGAAGAUGAUUUCUCCGGAGGAUUUUGCGGUAAUCACACUUUUCCGGCCGGUAACGAUAACAAGGCAUGGGGAAUGAAUCGUUCACCUCUGUGUGUCGCCGGAACUGGCUGUUGUUGCCGGAAUCAGCGAUUGAACCAGAACUCCAAUUCGCGAGUUUCUUCAUGGGAUCUGUACUGUGCCGCGGAGAGGAUGAGUAUCAACGACGAACCGUACCAUACUGGCAGAGGACUUCUCGGUUCUCCCACAAAACAUUCCUCCGUCGCCGCCGCCGUAAAAAACCACUCCAACAACGGCACCGGUUACUACAACAACCAUCAAUCUCUCCAAUACCAGAAGCUACAAGCUAUCCAGUUUCAGCAGCUAAAGCAGCAACAGUUAAUGAAACAUCAUCGCCAAUUGGUGCAUCAGAGCAGAGGAGUAAUAGUUAAUGGCAAUAAAAAUGUUGGUCCAGUGAAUUUGUCGUCUUCUGCAUGGUCUAAUCAGCUUCCGAGGCGUGAAGUUAUGAGAGCUGUAUUCAUCGGAGACCAUACCGGAAAACGUGGCUCAACAGGAACCGGCGUCUUCUUACCUCGAAGCGUUAACCAUACUUCAAGAACUGAGACUCGCGAGAAGCCCACUAUAUCGACUGUUUUGGUUCCGGCUAGAUUGGCUCAAGUCCUGAAUCUGAACCUAGGCGAACCGGUCCGGUCUUUGACAAAUCUCAACGAUGUGUCGUGGAGACAGAGGAGCAACAAUGGUGGGUUCUCGAGCCAGAUGCACGGUGGCGUGAGGGCAGAGCAGUCAGUGCAAGAGCCUCGGUUACCUUCUGAGUGGGCUUAUUGACUGAUUUUGGUGUUCGUAACUUUUGGGUGUGUUUAGGGUGAAGAUUUUACGGGUUUGAUGAAAGAAGAAGAUUAGGAUUUGAUGAUAGGUAGUGAAAUAGUGGAAAAAAAGUUAGGGUUUAUAUAGAUAGUGGAAGAAGAAUAAAGAAAGUUGAAGUGU